AUGGUGGCCGGGUGGCUGCCACUCCUGCUUGUCGUGUUGUGCCCGGCCGGUGCCCAUGCCUCCAAGGAGUGUAUUUUCUGUGAGCUGACCGACUCGACCCAUUGCCCGGGCGUCGUCAUGCACUGCGGGGACGACGAACAGUGCCACACGGGAAUCGGCUUGGCGCCCGGCUUGGGCCGCAUCAUAGACAAAGGCUGCGUGGAGUCCGUCAUGUGCGGCCACACGGAGCCCGUCAGCUACAUGGGUGUUACCUACAGCCUCACCAGGGACUGCUGCUACGGCAACCUGUGUAACGGGGCCCCCCGUGCCCGCCCCCCACCUUUCAGGCUGGACUUCCUGCUGCCGACCUUGCUGCUCUAUUGGUGGUUGUAA